CGGUGUUUUACUCAGCUCGCAGCUGGAGGAGAGCAUCAGAGCGGGAAGCCGGUGACACAGCACGGGAAUAACGGGAGUGUUAAAAAGAGUUGGACCACAUCUGGGUGCGCGAGUUACAAAUUAACUAUUUUAAAUUGACAGAUUAUUGCCUCCGGGUGGGAUUGGGUCCGCAGUGGAAAGAUGCGUCGCGCCUGCGGUGGCACCACUGCGCCCUUUGGAGACAGAGCCGGUGACGCGCCGACACCCCGCCGCUCCUAGAUAGAUGGCUCCAACAUUUGGGGUGCAAAACAGGUGUCAGGGAAGUGUCGUCACGAACCCCGGAAGCCGGAGGAGGUGGGAACAUCAGAGGGAAAGAUGGCAGCGAAAUCCGAUGGUCGCGGGGUCGUCACCGGUUUCGCCCAGCUGCACAACCUGGACGAGGUGGUGGGAGCGGGGGAGGACGACGCACUGGAUGGCAGCUCCUUCCACAUCUGCCACUGCUGCAACACUUCGUCGUGCUACUGGGGCUGCCGGAGCGCCUGCCUGCAUUACCUCCGGAGGAAAGGCAAAGGGAAGGGGAGGGAUGCGGGGCGACCACAGCAGGAGGAGCGCCUCUGGCUGGACUGCCUGUGGAUCGUUCUGGCACUGUUGGUGUUCUUCUGGGACGUGGGGACCGAUCUGUGGCUGGCUGUCGACUACUACUACAAGCAGAACUUCUUGUGGUCGGGCCUGACCCUGUUCUUCGUGUUAGUGCCCUCGGUGCUGGUCCAGAUCCUGAGCUUCAGGUGGUUUGUGCAGGAUUACACCGGGGGCGGACUGGGCUCCGUGGAGGGGCUGAGCAGUCGUAGAGCCACGGCCAGUUUCCAGCGAGACAGGUGCUGCCGCCUGUCCGUCUGGGUCUGGCAGUCCGUCAUCCACAUCUUUCAGAUGGGACAGGUGUGGAGGUACAUCCGCACCAUGUACCUUGGAAUACAAAGUCACAGGCAGAAGGAGAACCAGCGGCGCUUCUACUGGGCUAUGAUGUAUGAGUAUGCUGAUGUCAACAUUCUGCGACUGCUGGAGACCUUCUUAGAAAGCGCCCCUCAGUUGGUGCUGCAGCUCUGCAUCAUGAUCCAGAGCAACGAUGCUGAGCGACUGCAGUAUCUUUCUGCCAUGUCCUCCCUCCUGUCCCUGGCCUGGGUGCUUGCCUCUUACCACAAACUCCUGCGGGAUUCACGUGAUGAUAAGAAGAGCAUGAGUUAUCGAGGUGCCCUGGUGCAUCUGUUCUGGCGCCUUUUUACCAUAUCUUCACGGGUGCUCUCCUUUGCCCUCUUUGCCUCGGUUUUCCACAUCUACUUUGGCAUUUUUGUGGUGCUCCAUUGGUGCGCCAUGGCUUUCUGGGUCAUCCAUGGUGGCACCGACUUUUGCAUGUCCAAAUGGGAGGAAGUACUGUUCAACAUGGUGGUGGGUGUGGUUUAUGUCUUCUGUUGGUUCAAUGUACGUGAGGGCCGGACGCGGUGCAGAAUGGUGACCUAUUACAUAGUUGUACUUUUAGAGAAUGCCAUCCUCACCUCGCUUUGGUAUGCGUACCGUGACCCAGCCACCACUGACGCCUAUGCCUCUCUUGCCAUCUGUGGCGUCUUCCUGUGCUUUGCCUCAGGUGUAGCCUGCAUGGUUCUCUACUAUGGGGUUCUUCACCCUAUGGGCCCCCGACUGAGGAUGUUGGCCAGCUCCUGCUGUGCUGAGCUAUUGUGGGGUCUCCCUUUACCGCCUGAAGCUGAGCCAAUGGCUCCUACCCCAGGGCCUCGUGGAUCCCAGGCCACUCCUACAAGAGGUGUGGCAGGGGAACAGCUGGAGUCAGAUGAGACAGCAACAGACACCUGCCUUCCGGUUUUCCAAGUGAGGUCUACAGAGCCUGUAGAUGCAGCUGGCAGGCCCAUCCUGCCUGAAGGGCCCCUCAUCAAGAUAGACAUGCCCAGAAAACGUUACCCAGCUUGGGAUGCACACUUUGUGGAUCGGCGCCUGCGCAGGACCAUAAAUGUGCUGCAGUACAUUAGCCCUAAUGCUGUGGGCAUCAGGUAUAGAGACGGUCCACUUCUCUAUGAACUCCUGCAAUACGAAUCCUCUCUCUGAAGCCACCUCCGACAGUUUCAUCAUCCACUUUGACAGAGAAAGAUGCACAUUUUAUUCCUUUAUAUUUCUCCCCUCUGCUCCUCUCCUAAGAUUUGGUCUGUUUUCAUUUGGCCUUGGGCUCUCAAGUUUUCUCUGCUGUCCAUCGCAAGAUGUGUGUCUUACCAAUCAAAAUCCUGUUGAGAUACUCUAAAACAAACUUAAGAUGUAGCCUUGUUGAAAAAAAUAAAUCACACACACACACACACACACACACACACACACACACACACACACACACAAUAGAAAUUUCUACAUUGAUACAAAGGCUUCUGUAUGAGUGUGUAGAUAACAAAUGAAUGUGUUAUUAUGAAAUGUGUUGAUGCUUCAUAUGUGUUGGUGAUUCUACUUGUGGAUACUUGUGGAGGGCAUAUCAUAUCUCCCUGUGACAUGGGACUUGUGCAAAGCCUGAUGGGAAUGAUGGAGGAGAGUUUCCGAGGGAGCAGGUCUUUGCGUAUCCCGACACACUGCCGUUCUGUGUAAAAAACAUUCAAAUUUAUGUGAAAAUGUUUACUAAAUCCAUUUCAUGUGAAUUAAGAACAGCAAAAUCGAAGCAAUGACUUCAGCACACUUAAAAUUUUUAAUAAACAAAAGAUUUAAUCCAGGGAAUUUCCCCUUUCUAAGCAAUUUUUAUUUUAUUUUAUUUUUUUGUUUGUUUUGUUGUUGUUUUGGUUGAAAAGCAUCUGCGCUGUACUAUUUUUGGCCAAAACCCAAAAUCAAAACAGCUGAUGCAUUGGGGGAAACAAAAUACACACAAUGACCUUCAAUUAGUUUCAUCCACCAAUUAAAUUCAUGAAGGACAGACUGCCAUCCAGCGGAGAAAGCUGUAACUGCAUGCCUUAUUUAGUCUAAUCCUAAAACAUCCCAUCUAUGAUUAAAACAAACAAAAACAUUUAAAAGCACAUAUUUUUUAAUUGAUCCAAAUAAAAUCUUAACAAAACAUUCCAAAUAAUUUAUUUUCAUUUCUACAAAAGGAGUUUGUAAAAGAGUAGGCUUCAAAUAAUGUGUGUUGACACUCAAUUAUUUUUUAAGUACAAAGACGGCCUUCAAGGAAUCCUCCACCAUUCCCUUUUCAAUCCUGGAAAGUAUCGCCUUUGCAACCUCCCUAUUUGCUUUGAAAACGUGUUCAGUAUUCAUUAAUUUUACUCACUUGUUGGGUGCAAGGACUUCAAAUGAGUCCUUCAGGGGGAAAAAAAGAGAUGAUAUUUCUAUACUGUUAUAUUUCAGUGAAAAUUUGUGUCAGCAUUUCUAAUCAUAACUAUAUUUUGUCAAAACAUGCUUUUUUACAUAACGUAGUGGUAAUACUCCUUAGCAGAUGUGGUGACAAAGAGGCGAUAACCCUUUUCUGGGUGUAUACGAUGACUGCGCUUGCACGCUGUUGGGACAGUUCAGACAAAGCCAAAUCCAGUCUUCUAGUACUGUUUUUGUAAUUUAUCCACUCCCACAAACCAAUUGAAUGAGUCUGUGCAGAACUGUGCCACCUUAAAGUGCCAGUGUGUAUUUUCCCUAGCAAUAGGGGGAAGUACAUACCUAAAUCAUUGAAAGCAAGCAGUAUUUUUGUGGUCGAGUAAGACCUUACCAGCGGAUGGCCAUUAGGGUCAAAAGUCCCUGGAAACGCAGCCUCCUGCAAAAUAACAAGCACAUCAAACUCACUUGCAUCACUGGCAACGAGCAUAGAGGUUAACGUGUAAAACAACACGUUUAUGAAUAGCGAAAGCUUUGUAACUGCUUGUUUCAAUCAGUAAAUGUGUUUUGUCCUCAUGGGCACCUGUAGAAGGAAAUGUGGCGUUUCCCAGAGACUUAAGAGUGUGUCUCAAUGCCAAGGAACCUCGCUUUGAUGUCUUGGUCCCAUCCCAGUUGCCUAGGAGAUACGUCAUCAGGAACCGCCAAGGCGUGUUCCAAAGUUCAUGUUUUACCAAGGGUGUCUGUUCUCCAUUUGUUAGCCGUUUAGCUAGCUGAGCAAGGAUGCACGGGAGGUGUCUUGUAGCCUAGUCUUGGUCAAAAAUUUCCUAGAAUACAGCACGAUAUUUUCAAAAGAUUGCGGAUCAGAAGCCGGCAGCUACUUCGAGGGCAAAUUUCAAGUUUAAAAGUAAGUCAGCUUAUCUAAAAUGUUUUUUUAGAUCCAAAGAAGUUAUCUAUGGUUGGUUAGUUGCUUAGUAGUUGCAGCUUUGGUGGCUAGCAGGUAGUAACUCACUUACAUAUUUAAUUUAACAAAUAUAUACACAAUUAAAAAAGUAAAAGGCUCGUUAUUUAUUUAUAUUGAAACUUACACAUAUAAAGUAUAACGUUAUCUCCCGUGUCACAUAACGUUACGUGACCACCGUAGAAGCCGCGGUCACGUGAUGCAAGUCUGUUCCAUUUAACAGUUUUCUUUGACCAAGGAAGGACAGUGUCCUCGUAAGCGAGGCACCUUGACAUUGAGAAACACCCAUAGACCCGCUCCCAUGUAUUUUAUUCACAAUCUUUGCGGUGAUAUUUUACUAAGCCGCCAAUAUUUUUCAACACCUGGGCGUCAUUUAAUUCAUUUUUAACAUUUCAAUGGAUAUUUCCAGAGAUUAACGGUAUCAACUACACAUUGUCUCUUUAAGGCCAGUUAGAAACCUAAUCGCCCUAAGAAAAUCCUAUAUAUAUAUAUAUAUAUAAAUAUAUAUCUGUAUGUAUAGAUAUAUAAUGUAUGUUUGUCUGCAUAACACCAUGCCUUCUAAAUCAAAGGAGCUUGACAAAUUUUCCCACAGAGGGCUACUCACUAAUUCAUGAGAAAAAUGAAUGCGUAAUAUACUCAAUUUUAUCUAUUUACUCGGUGAUUCCUCUGAAUAUAUAAAGUGUGUAAGUAUAUGUGCUUUUCUUUUUACGUUGUAGUGUUUGGCAUGAUUUUAGUAUGAUAAAUGCACCCAAAAGGGGAUGCCCAAGAGCCCUUUACAGCACAGAGGUUUAUUUUUCCCGGUCUUUCUUCUCUCUGCCUAGCUGUGGCCUUGUGUGCCUGCUGACAUCGUACUGUAAAAAGGCAGACCGCAGAAGUCUGAGUUAAAGAUCGAAGAGAAUUUUUGCCAAGGAUGGAAAAGAACAAGAAAGGGGACUGACUAUCAGUCGGCAUGCCCCGAUGAGAGUUCUCGGCUCUUUUCAUGUGGUUCUGUUCUCUCGCCGAUUGUUCGGCUCCAUCCUUGGUUGCUGCUCCACCCUCUUCUCCCAACUGCACGGUAUUGGGCCUUGGUGCGCUCCUGCUCUUGUGCUAUCUGGUCACUGAACAAUAAGGUUGAUGCUGAAUAAAUGGAGUUCCUGUCAUGAGAACUUGCAAUGAGGUACACUGCCAUAUUUCAGAGCCUCAUUAUCCAGGGUCUGCCACCAUUCAGCUUGAGUGAUGUUCAGCCCUGUGUAACUGAGAACUGUUGGGUCAGCUAGACUGGAGCAAGCAGAUCUGUAUGCAUACAACCACAUUUUUUUAUUUUACUAUAGUAGCUAGAGUAUCCAUAGUACUUCUUGUUAGUUAGCUGAAGAGUAAUUAAUGGUUAAAUAUUGUUAAACUAAGAAAAAAAAAGCCAAUACAGGGGUUCCUCAGGACCAACAACUAAGACCACUGAUCAGGCUGACUCAGGGGUGUCUCAAUGCAGUUCUCAUCCCCAGGCAUGUCCUCAAAAUGUUCCAUUUUAUUUGACAUUAUUAUAAAAAUGAACUAUUUGUCAGAUAUGAUCAAUAAUAGUUUACAUAUUUUGUUUGUUUGGGACUUUUUCUUUGGAAUAGAAAGGUCCACAACCAGGUCCACAAACAAAAAUGCCAGCCUUUUUCUUUCUUUUGUUUAUUAGUUUUAUUUUAUGUGCCAUCGUGUUCAUCAAGAUGAAGACAAACCAAACACUGUCCCCAAACCAAGUUCUCAGAUCAGUCAGCUUACACAUCAAAGUGACGGUGCAAUGAGGCAACACUGAACAUCAUCUCCUCUAACUUACUUUUUAAUGAUCAUGGCUAAUUCAGCCAGUCCACGCAUCGCUCUAAAUUGAUCAAUGACUGUUUUGUACUUUUAUUUAUGCCUUUACAUCGUCAUCUGGUUCGCAACUAUGAAUGAUAUUUACUGCCAAGAAGUACACUUUCUUUUUCUUUAUUGUGUAACAGUACAUCCUCCAGCCAAAACUGGAAAACCUGCAGAUUGAAAACAGUGAGGAAGGAGUUGAGAGCUAAAUGUGCAAAAAUCUAUGUUGUUGCAUUUUGCUGCCAUAGAAAGGUCAACUUCACUUUGACACCUAUCUCAUGCUUCUGAUGGUGAAACUCUAGGAUUUGAAAAGCCUGACAGAUCUAUGUCACACUGUCACUAAACAUUCAUGGACUCACCCAUCUUGGAUCGCAAUGGAGAAGGUUGUUGUUGGUUUAGCAUCCAGGAAACAACAGAGAACAUCUUGAAUAGUAGAAGCUAACUGUUAGCAUUAGCAACUCCACCACACGGCAGAAGCUCCUCUAGGCUCGUGUUAUUUGUGGAGAUAAAACAUCAAUGUUCCAAAGCAGUCAGUGGUAUAGUCAUGUUGAUGUUAGCCAAUCAGAAGCAAGAUGCCCAAAUACCAGGAAAUAAGACUCCAAAUCCUGCUUUCUAAAGCACAGACACCACAUAAGUAGACACCUUGCGGACUGGCACUGCCUUGCUGGCUGCCAUCUUGGAUGGGUCCCAAUUUGCCCCCAUUGCAUUUACUAGGGACGGUCUUUACCCAACUAAAACAAAUGUUUUAAAGCUUUUGAACAAAAUCAGGCAUAUGGUAUGAAAUGAUGGUUAAAAUGUAAACAUAAAAAAAUUUAAAUAAAUUAAAAAAUAAAACCCACACAGAUAGGCUAGAAAAGUCAAUAGUAAUCUCAUGUGAUCUGUUUUCAAUGGUGCACUGGUUGUUGCAACCGUAGGCCGCACAAAAAACGAGCACAGUUCCCCACUAUGCAUUGUCUCCAGUUGAGUUUGAAGAGUUAGAAACCCACCCAAUAUGGCACUGUUAUGCUCUCCAGUGCAAAAGGGGGCAUCUACGUAGUCACCUCUAUGGUCUGAAGCCACUUUCUUCUCCAGCUGAUACAGACACUUACUAUAACCUUCUAUAGAGAUCACUGCAAAUGAAUAAAUAAUAUGAGUAAAGUUGACCUUUAAAAUCAUUCAUCAGGACAAUUUUGUUUGCUUAUUCUCCUUCAUCUUCCUAGCAUGCCUUUUAGAACUUAUUUCAAGGUGAGCCUCAUCUGCAAAAUACAAACAAAACAAGACUACUGCCUUUUAACGUGUAGUAGCAGGUCAUUGUGGUGUUUGACCUGGUUUAUGUGUCGACUAUCAGACAAUAUGUUUGGAUAAAAAAACUGGUGCAUUUAUUUGUUUUAUUUACCUGUGUUUCUUCUACAUGUUCUGUCACGAACCUGGUGCUGAGAUGACACAUUUCUAAAGGUGCUACCACUCUGGGCUGCAGCGUCCACGCCUUGGCCUUCUGGUGAGCUGAGAAAAGACCUGCAUCCAGAAUAAAACCCUGCAGUCUCAGAACGCUCCACGGCCAGCACCUCAAAACCACACAGUUUACAGCAGAACUCUUAAAUGGUGCCAUUUUUAUUUUCCCACUUUUCACUAUUAAAAAUAACAGGUGUUCUACUACUGGUAUAGUGUUUAUUCUGCACAUAGAAAUAUGUUUUAAUCAGUCUGCACUAUGAUUUGUUUUGGGUUCUGAGUGAAUGAAACCAGAAGAUGAUAAAGUGAAUAUUUUUACCAGAGGCAAAGGAGCACAAAUAUACUUCUGCUUCUGGAAAUUAGGGUAAAAAAAAUUAAAUUAUA